CUCUGAUUUUUCACUUGCUUAAACUAAAAUUCAGCUCAAAUUCACUCCAAAUAAAUCCCAAACCCAAAUGCACUCUAAAUGAACUCCCCCUCCCCUCUCGUCUCUUAACAUCAUCUCUAUCUCCAUCUUCUUCAUCUAAACAUCUUAAUUAUUUUCUUCUGUCAAUGUUAUGACGGACUACCGGUUGCCACCCACCAUUAAUCUUUGGACCGACGACAACGGUUCUGUUAUGGAAGCUUUCAUGACCUCUGAUUUAACCGGUCUGUGGCCUCCUUCUCAAUCCUCUGCAUCUACACCUGACCCUUCCAAAACUCACCUUCCUUCGUCUUCACAGCCCUUCAAUCAAGAAACCCUCCAGCAACGCCUUCAGCAAUUGAUCGAAGGCGCACGGGAGAGCUGGACCUACGCCAUCUUCUGGCAAUCCUCUUGCGAUUACUCCGGCGCCUCCCUUUUGGGCUGGGGUGAUGGCUACUAUAAAGGGGAAGGCGAUAAAGGCAAAGCCAAACUCAAAACUUCAUCCGCUGUUGAACAGGAGCACCGUAAAAAGGUGCUCCGCGAGCUCAACUCCUUGAUUUCUGGAUCAAUGGCCCCCACCGACGAUUCCGUUGAUGAAGAAGUUACUGAUACGGAAUGGUUCUUUUUGGUUUCUAUGACUCAAUCAUUUUUCGUUAAUGGAGGCGGGCUCCCGGGUCAAGCGUUUUUCAGCAGCAGCCCGAUUUGGGUUUGCGGACCGGAACGGCUUAUGAAUUCGGGCUGUGAACGGGCUAGACAAGGGCAGGUGUUCGGGUUACAGACGAUGGUAUGUAUACCCUUAGCAAACGGGGUUGUUGAAGUAGGUUCCACUGAGGUGAUUGUUCAGAACUCGGAUCUGAUGAAUAAGGUCCGAUUUUUAUUUAAUUUCAAUGGUAUGGAUAUCGGUUCUUGGCCAUCUUCCAUGCAAAAUCCAGAUCAAGGAGAGAGUGAUCCUUCUUCGUGGAUUAAUGAUCCCACGUCGACUGUGUUUGAUAUCAAAGACUCUGCCGGAGGAGGAGCCCCAGCGGUUGGUUCGGGUUCCGGGUCAGGUUCUGUUUCAGCUUCUGUUGCUAAUAAUAAUCCGCAGAUUUCUAAGGGAAUUCAGUUUGAGAAUCCUAGUUCAACUUCUUUAACUGAAAACCCAAGUGGAGUUUCUUUACAGCAACAGCAAAUUCAGCAGUCACAGUCGUUUUUCUCAAAAGAGUUUAAUUUCUCUGAAUAUGCUUAUGACCACAGAAACGGGAAUUCUCAUCUGUUGAAGCCGGAAUCAGGGGAGAUAUUGAAUUUUGCUGAGAGUAAGAGAAGUGGGAGUAAUUUGUUUUCGAGUAAUUCUCAUUUGGUAGCAGAAGAGAGUAAUAAGAAGAAAAGAUCGCCUACUUCCCGAGGAAGUAACGACGAAGGGAUGCUUUCGUUUACUUCCGGUGUGAUAUUGCCUUCUUCGGGUGUUGUAAAGUCUUCUGGUGGCGGAGGCGAUUCUGAUCAUUCUGAUCUUGAGGCUUCUGUUGUUAAGGAGGUUGAUAGUAGCAGGAUUGUGGAACCUGAAAAGAAGCCACGAAAACGAGGGAGAAAGCCAGCAAAUGGUAGAGAAGAGCCAUUGAAUCAUGUCGAAGCAGAGCGUCAAAGAAGAGAGAAGCUCAAUCAGAGGUUCUAUGCUCUGAGAGCUGUUGUACCUAAUGUUUCAAAGAUGGAUAAAGCUUCACUUCUCGGUGAUGCAAUUUCGUAUAUUAAUGAACUUAAAAGCAAGCUUGUAAAUGCUGAAUCUGAUAAAGAGGAUCUCCAAACCCAGUUGGAAUCGAUGAAGCAAGAAUUCGGUGGUGGUAAAGAAUCCCGUCCAGGGCCAACAACAUCCGAUCAAGACCUCAAAAUGUCGAGCCAUGCUAGUAAGUUGAUUGAUAUGGAUAUUGAAGUGAAGGUUAUUGGAUGGGACGCGAUGAUCAGGAUUCAAUCAAGUAAAAAGAACCACCCUGCAGCUAAGCUAAUGGCAGCCUUGAAAGAGUUGGACUUGGAGGUUCAUCACGCCAGUAUGUCAGUAGUGAAUGAAUUGAUGAUCCAACAAGCGACAGUGAAGAUGGGAAGUCGGUUUUACACCCAAGAGCAGCUCAAGAACAUCCUAGUAGCCAAAGUUGGUGACAGUCGAUAAGAGUUUGUCAAAAGUGGUUAAAUUUGGCAUCAGGUAGAGCUUCAUAUGAUUCCAUUGUUGUUAACGUUGUAUGGCUCUGGGACAUUUUAAGGCUUCCCAGUAGCGCACGCAGUCUCUGUAAUAUAGGCAUAUUUUGUUGUUCUACUUGUUCUUCAGUAGCUUUUAGUAUUAAGUCUAGUUUGCAGAUGCAGAUGAUUUGAAUUAUCAAGGAGCUGAACUCAUGAGUAUUAGGUUUGUGUCUUUAAGGAUGAACGUUAUUAGGCUCUCGAUCAAUUGGAUAUAGCUUUUUUUUUUUUUUCGUGUUGAAUGUAUAGUUCUAAAUUUGAACCUAAUUAAAUUAUUUCUGUUCUA